CGACCCCGAGCGGGCGUCAGCGGCACCGUCUGCGGCUGCGCCGACACCUGCGCUUGCGCACCAGCGCCCGGAGAGAAACUCAAGGGGGGUGAAGAAGGGGCCGGCCUUCGAGCGACAGCGACGCAAGAUGGCAGCCACCACAGGCUCGGGACCCAGGUAGUGGAGAGAGCGGACUCCUCUGAGUGCCAAAGACCUGCUGUGGCACCAACACAUCCAAACCCAUGUACACAAAGAGUAAAAGUCCCUCGAAAUUUCCGACUGUUGGAAGAGCUGGAAGAAGGCCAGAAAGGAGUAGGCGACGGCACAGUUAGCUGGGGUCUGGAGGACGACGAGGACAUGACACUUACAAGAUGGACAGGCAUGAUAAUUGGGCCUCCACGAACAAUAUAUGAAAACCGAAUAUACAGCCUUAAAAUAGAAUGUGGACCUAAGUACCCAGAAGCACCCCCAUCUGUAAGAUUUGUAACAAGAGUGAAUAUGAGUGGUGUGAGCAGUUCGAAUGGAGUGGUGGAUCCGAGAGCCACAGCAGUGCUGGCAAAGUGGCAGAACUCCCACAGCAUCAAAGUCAUCCUGCUCUUCUUGAGCACAGGCUAUAGUGGGGUCCUGCUGCAAGGAGACUAG